AUGGAAGAGUACAACGCGUUGUUGAUGCUGAACAGAAGGGUUCGCACGAUUGGGGAGGAGGAGGAUUCCUCGUAUUUCAACCCUUUUGACUCGAGUAUUGGGGGAUCGACGAGCCUGGAGAAAAUCAUCGAUCAACGUUACCAAUCGAAAUCCCACGUUGCCACCGUUGGCGGGCCGUUCGUUUGCUUCGACUGUGGAAAGAGAUACAAGUGGCACGACAGUCUUAGAAGGCACAAAAGGGUCGAUUAUGCCUACGUGUCGUUGCAACUGCCUUAUGGUUUGCCAUCGGGAUUCCAACCUUACUCGGCCAACGUGAAUUUAUCCCAAAAAGACGAAAUGAAAUAUUUGCGCGGCGAUGGGAGCAACCUGAUGAACAUUUGUUUCGGUUGUGGGAAGAGGUACAAGUGGAGGGACAGUUUGUUGAGGCAUCAGAGGGUCGAGUGUGGUAACAAGGAGAAGAAGUUUUGUUGCAAAUUGUGCCCAAAAAAAUUCUAUCACCAGUACAAAUUGAACGAGCAUUAUCAAGGACGGCACAAAAUACCCAAGCCUCAACGGAAGUACUCGCCAAGCGCAGCGAUCGAAUGGUACUAUCAAUACCAGACCUUGUAUCUUCGACUGAUGGCGGAAAAUCAAAUGAUGGCAGAGAACAAGGUGGUUUUCGAGAAUGGCAAGUGUUCGACCGGCAAAGCGCAACAACCAAGCUCUGGCAAUUGCCUGAAAGAAUUCGUUGCCACGGAGAAGUUGGCUAUGGAGAACGGUGUGGACGAGAUCCCGCCGGUGGGGAAUCAUGGAACAGCGAGCGUUCGCGAUCCUUCCAGCUACUCUUGCCCACGUUGCGGCAAUGCUUAUUCGAGGCCUCACUCGUUGAACAGGCAUAUUAGGUUCGAGUGCGGAGUGGAGCCCCAAUUCGAGUGUCCUAUUUGUCAUAAGAAGUCGAAGCACAAGCAUAAUUUGGUUUUACACAUGAGAACUCAUCAAAAAACUUAA